GGCGCGCCACUGUCCCUGUUGAUAGAGCCAGCCUCGCAAUGAACCAGCCGAGCUCCCCAUCCUCAAGAUUCGCUUUCACAAUUUUGGAGCCCGUCUACUCACCCUGACCAUGAAGAGACAAAACGUGAGGACCCUUGCGCUCAUCAUUUGCACGUUCAUCUACCUGUUAGUCGGUGCGGCUGUCUUCGAUGCCUUGGAAUCUAAGAAGGAAACGACUCAGAAGAAGAAAGUGUACGACAGAAAACAAGAGCUUAGGAACAAAUACAAUCUCACUAAACUCAACUUCGAUGAACUCGAGGAAGUGGUGUUGCAGCUGAAGCCUCAUAAAGCCGGGUUACAGUGGAAAUUCGCUGGAUCAUUUUACUUCGCAAUCACUGUGAUCACGACCAUAGGUUACGGCCAUGCUGCCCCCAGCACAGACGGGGGGAAGGUGUUCUGUAUGCUCUACGCCCUGCUGGGCAUCCCUCUCACCCUGGUCAUGUUCCAGAGCCUGGGCGAGCGCAUCAACACCUUGGUGCGCUAUCUGCUGCACCGCCUGAAGAACUGCCUUGGCAUGCGGCGCACUGAGGUCUCCAUGGUGAACAUGGUGGCCAUCGGCUUCAUCUCCUGCAUGAGCACGCUGUGCAUGGGUGCGCUCUCCUUCUCCCACUUUGAGGGUUGGAGCUUUUUCCACGCCUACUACUAUUGCUUCAUCACGCUCACCACCAUCGGCUUCGGAGACUACGUGGCGCUGCAGAAGGACCAGGCUCUGCAGACAAACCCCAAGUACGUGGCCUUCUGCUUCAUGUACAUCCUCACCGGCCUGACUGUGAUUGGCGCCUUCCUCAACCUGGUUGUGCUGCGCUUCAUGACCAUGAACGCGGAGGACGAGAAGCGGGAUGCCGAGCAGCGCGCCCUCCUCUCCCAGAAUGGCCAGGCAGGAGGGCACAACCACCCGGGCUGCGCCCCCGACCCGCCUUCCUCCUCCUCGGCUGCUUCAGGGUGCAGUGGGGGAGCUGGAGGAACGGGAGGACCAGGAGGGGGCGGAAACGGUGGUGUUGGGGGAGCGGGGCGGGGGCUGCGUAACGUGUAUGCGGAGGUGCUCCACUUCCAGUCCAUGUGCUCCUGCCUGUGGUACAAGAGCAGGGAGAAGCUGCAGUACUCCAUCCCCAUGAUUAUCCCCAGGGACCUGUCCACCUCUGACACCUACAUGGAGCAGGGGGAGGCCUUUUCCUCCGACGCCCUCCACCCCCUUCACUCCAACGGCUGCGUCUACAGCAUGCACCAACCCCAUUCCGUCAUCAGUUCUGUGUCCACGGGCCUGCACAGCCUCACCCCGUACAGACUAGGACACAGCAAGCGGCGCAGCUCCAUCUAGAGGUCUGGAGGACUCAAUGCUUAAAAGAACCAACCCACACCUCUUGUCUACCGCAUGGAAGGACCCUAAUACUGUUGGACUAUUUUCGAUGGACUAAACCAAGAUCUAAAUCAGGGGUGCUCAACUUACAGUCCUCAGGGGAUCCCUGUCCUGGGGUGAUGUGUUUUUGCCUGGCACUUUUAAAUGAUCGAUUAAUGCCACUGAUUUUCCAAAAACAAGAAUAGGCCUCGAAGACCGAAGUUUUGCACCUGUGAACUAUAUCCCUGCUAUAUUUUCAGCAUCCCUUCACCGUUUGCCGUAUUUAAGGUUGAAGUUAUUGCUCUUCACCAUGUGCAGAUUGUUUGAACGAUAAGAUGACACGUUACACUGUGAGAGACAAAUAUUUUCAUGCGAAAUGGAGGGAUUAUGUAUUUUAAGAAACUGUGCAUCAUGAUAAGCCACAUGACUUAACAAAACCUGAUUUUAAGUUUGGUGAGUGAAGUUUGUCUCUUUUUCACAAAGAAGAAAGGGACGUAUUGAAGUGUUACUCCCAAUAAUCAUCCAUUAAAUAAAUGUAAAUAUAUUUGUAAUAUGGAUACUGUAUUUAAGCAAUGUACUUACUAGGGAAGAACCAAUUUUGUUAGUGAAAGUGUUGUAAAAACUAAAUUGGCUCAAGCCAAACACUUUUUAUUUGCUUUAGUUUCUUACUGUAUUUAUCUCUCAAACCACACAACCAAUCAGACAUUGUGUUACGUUUUGUCAUUUUGUUUUUAAUGCUUUUUUUCUUGUGUGUAUAAUUGUUUUACUGUAUGUUUGCUAUUCAUCUGUUUUAUGUUUUCAUAAUAGGGUUUUACUCAGAUCAUGUGGGCUCACUUUGUGCAUAGUAGACAGUCUAAUCUUGUUCACUGCUGCACUUUAUAACAUUAUUGUAUGCUUUAGGGCGCUGGAUACCAGUGCAUUACAUGGAAUUGAAGAUCCUAAUUUAUGCUAACUCACCUGAUGUUUUGGUACCUAAAUAAUAUAUUCCUAUGGAUGUCAUGCUCUUAAAUGUUGUCAGAGGGAGAUUUGAAAUGGGUUAUUUUGGCUCGUAGCCCAGCAGGCAAAAGUGGUUACAGUCACAGUGCCUUUAGAAUGUAUUCAUACCCCAUGACUUAAUCCACAUUUAGUUACGUUACAGCCUGAAUUUGGUAUAGAUUAACAAAACAAAAAACAAUCAUGUAUCACCUAUCUACACACAAUACCCCAUAAUAACAACGUGAAAAUGUGUUUUUAUAUAUUUUUGCAAAUGUAUUGAAAGUGAAAUACAGGAAUAUCUCAUUUACAUAAGUAUUGAUACACCGUUGCUAUGACACUCCAAACUGAGCUCAGGUGCAUCCAAUUUUCUUUGAUCAUCCUUGAGAUGUCGCUACAACUUGAUUGGAGUCCACCUGUGGCCAACUGAAUUGUUUGGACAUUAUUUAGAAAGAAAAACACCUGUCUGUAAGGUCCCACAGUUGACAGUGCAUGUCAGAGCGGAAACUAUACCAUGAAGUCCAAUGAACUGUCAACAGAUUUUGAGAGAUAAUUGUGAUGAGGCAUAUGUCUGGGGAAGGGUAUAAAACCAUUUCUAGAGUGUUGAACGUUUUCAAGAACACAGUGGUCUGCAUCAUUGGGAAAUUUAAAAAAAAUAUACUACCCAGACUCUGCCUAGGGCUGUCCGUCAGACCAAACUGAGCAACCGGUCAAGGGAGGGGAGGUGACCAAGAACCAAAUGACCACUCUGACAGGACUAAGAGUUCCCUGUCUGAGAUGGGAGAACCUGCCAGAAAAACAACAGACUCUACAUUACUUCACCAAUCUGGGAUUUUUUGGAGAGUGGCCAGAAGGAAGCCACUCCUGAGAAAAAGACAACAGCACGCCUGGAAUUUGAUAAUAACAUGUGAAAGACUCUGAGAUCUCUUUGGCCUGAAUGCAAAGCGCUGUCUUGAGAAAACCAGGCACAGCUCAUCACCCGUCUAACACCAUCCCUACCGUGAAGCAUGGUGGUGGCUGUAUCAUGCUAUGGGGAUGAUUUUCAGCUGGCAGGGACUGGGAGACUGGUAAGGAUAGAGAAAACAAUGAAUUGAGCCAAAUACAGGCAAAUCCUUGAUGUGAACCUGAUUCAGAUUGCAAACAACCUCAGACUGGAGCGAAGAUGUACGUUCCAACAGGACAAUGACCCCAAGCAUACAGCUAAAGCAACACUGGAAUGGCUUCAGAACAAGAAUGUGAAAGUCCUUGAAUGGCCCAGCCAAAGCCCAGACUUGAAUCCCAUUGAAAAUCUGUGGAAAGAUUUGAAGAUUCUUUUUCACCGCCACUCCCAAUCUACCUUAACAGAGCUUGAGAAAAUCUGCAAGGAUUGGAGAAAAUUGGAGAAAAUCCCCAAAUACAGAUGGGUAUGUCUGUAUCAGCUUUGCACAAGACAACUCAAAGCUGUAAUUGCUGCCAAAGAUGCUUCUACAAUGUAUUGCCACAGGGGUGUGAAUACUUAUGUAAAUUAUAUAUUUCUGUAUUUCAUUUUUAAUUUAAAAAAAAUUAAAUCUAAAAACAUGUUUUCAUCUUUUCAUUAUGGAAAAACAAUAAUUUAAUCAAUUUUGAAUUCAGGUUGUAACACAACAAAAUGUGGAAUAAGUCAAGGGGUAUGAAAACUUUCUCAAGGCACUGUAUGUCAUUCAAAUAUAUUUCGUCUUUGUUUGGGUUGGUUGAAAAGAGAUUUUUCAAUGCCAAAAUAUGACUUCUUGAUGACAUCAAGAAAAAGGGUGUCUUUAACUGCUUGUAAUCUGUUCAUUUGCUGACUCCUCAACUAGAAAACAAAUUUAUAACCAGAAAACAGCAUCUUCAUGAUGUCAGAUUCAUGAUGUCAGAAGGCACAUCUUCUUAGGGAUAGCCCCCUUUUUUUAGAUUUUCGCCUAAAAUGACAUACCAAAUAUAACUGCCUGUAGCUCAGGCCCUGAAGCAAGGAUAUGCAUAUUCUUGGUACCAUUUGAAAGGAAACACUUUGAAGUGUGUGGAAAUGUGAAUGUAGGAGAAUAUAACACAAUAGAUCUGGUAGAAGAAAAUACAAAGAAAAAAACAACAGUUUUUUUCUACUACCAUCUUUGAAAUGCAAGAGAAAGGGCCCACUGGUUGCAAUUCCGAUGGUGUCCACAAGAUGGAAGCAUUGUAUGUGCAAAGUUUCCGAAGGAUAACUUGAGGUAUGAGCGAACUACAUGACAUUUAGUGUGAAGUCACCCAGGUACAUUUGGGCAAGUCGUGAAGGAGACAUUUGCAUUCAUAUGACAUUUUUCUGCAAGAAUAUCGUACAAUCUGUAUACUUGUACUUUGAUUUAGCUUUUCCAGUAUUAGUAGCAUGUUAUAAGUUCAAAAUUUGUAAAACACCCAGUUUUCAUAACUUCAUACUAAUUUUUGUCCAAAAGGAAAAGGCAUGCUGUCACACAAGGUUAAUAGCUACAUUUUCCAACAGAUACAUGGUUUCUGGAUACACCCAUAAAGCCCAGCUCAUUGGCUAUCUAGCUGGAUUUGUUUGACCCCGAUUGGUGCUUAUUUGGCAAAUUUAGUAGUUCAAGUGAAGGCCGUCCGCUUCAUCAGCGUGCCAUGAAGGUUUCGCUCUCUGACCAAAUAUGUGUGAAGUCUGGUUACGUUCUAGGAUCUCUGACGAAUACAUACGAACGUGAUUUGACUGGCUGAAACAAUGUUUAGGGUUAGAGUUUCACAGAUUCCUUUCUUUGCAAAUUGAACGAGUGGGAAAACUAAAUUGAUUGUGCGUGCUAUAUGGACCUUUUUAGGAUAUGAAAAACGAUUUUAUCUAACAAAACAACACUUCAUAUUAUCUCUGGCACCCUUUGGAUGAUAAAUCCGAGCAAGAUUUCAGAAUGUAAGUACACAUUUCACCUUCAGAGGUGAAUUUAUCAAAACUAUCGCGGUGAAAAAGUGUUUUGUUGUUAGGAGCUCUCCUCAAACAAUAACAUGGCAUUUUUUCGCAGUAAGAGCUACUGUAAAUUGGGCAGUGCAGUUAUAUUAAUAAGAAUUUAAGCUUUCAGCCGAUAUAAGACACUUAUAUGUACCGACAUUUGUUGUUUCUCUAAAAUCUGCAAUCGCCGAUCCCUAAGAAGUGUUUUAAUUAAGAAGUGUUUUUAAUUCAAAUCCAUCUGAAGUGAUUCAAUCAAAAAAGAAAUCUAUGAACCUUAGUGAAAUGCUUUUAAAAUCCUCAAAAAUAUAAGUAGCAUCUCAUGAUGUUUUAAACAACGUCUCAUUGUUUGAUCUCUUCAGCAUAAAGACUAUUCAGUAAAUCACAUAUUUGUGAUCCAGAUAUCACCUCACACUUUUAAGACUGUCCUAUUUCUUUAUGAGUUGGAUUUUUUAUAUCAUUCUACCACUGAUUCGUCUAAUCUUCUUAAUAAAGUUUAUUAAUUGGAAA